AAAUGCUGUCUAGCGCGUUCAUUAUUUCCCCGCUAUAUGAAACACAAUUCCUCGGCAUAAAUAAUUUUUCGUCCUACCAACCUUCACGAAACUGAAAUAUUCCCUCAUUUUUGACAACAUGGUUCGCAAUUUUCUUCUGGCUGUUUGUCUCUUAUCGUCACUGAGUGUCCGUGUCGCUGGGAAUCCUGAUUCUCACGAGUAUCUGUCUGGUAUUCCUUCAGGAUGGAGUCAUGCGAGUAAACCUGGAGACAAUACGUCAAUCCAUCUGUCGAUUUCUUUGGCAUUACAAAAUAUUGAUCAACUUGAGACUGAAUUAAGAAGAGUCUCUACUCCUGACAGUAGCGAGUACGGUCAGUAUCAAGAUUCUGAUGAGGUCCUUUCUAAAUUCGGCCCUUCACAAGCUUCUGUAGCAGCUGUAACAAGCUGGCUUAUGGAGAGUGAUAUCGAGCAUAUUUACAACAACAAUCAAUCAAUUAGCUUCUUCACGACGGUUAGCCAGGCAAACAGUUUGUUAAAUGCCAAGUUCGACUAUUAUACUGAUGGAAGCAUCUCUAAACUUCGCACCUUGUCAUACUCGAUUCCCAGACACUUGAAACAAGACAUUGAUCUCAUCUCGCCAACAACCUAUUUCGGAAAAUCUACAGCGGCUCGGAAUAUUCAUUUCCAUAAAAGCAAGAGGGAGAUGCCAGGCGCUGCGACUUCAAAUCCGCCUUCGUCUAUCUCAGUUGCCCCCUCUUGCCAAAGUGCAAUUACCCCAGAUUGCGUAAAACAGCUCUAUAGCAUUGGAAACUACACACCGACUGCUAAGAGUGGCAGCCGGAUUGGGUUUGGUAGUUUUUUAAAUAAUUCAGCCAUCUAUGCCGAUUUGGCCAGGUAUGAAAAAUAUUACGGGUUGCCAUCUCAGAACUUUACAAAAGUGCUUAUCAACAAUCCCAUUAACGAUCAGAAUCCGACCACCCCAAUUGACGCUGAAUCUAACCUUGAUGUACAAACUAUACUUGGAGUUGCUCACCCACUCCCAAUUACGGAAUACCUGACUGGUGGAUCUCCUCCAUUUAUACCAAGUCUUGAGUCACCCACAAACAAUAAUGAGCCUUACCUGCCAUAUUAUGAAUAUCUAUUGUCUCAACAGAACGAAGAUCUACCUCAAGUUAUUUCCAACUCUUACGGUGAUGAAGAGCAGACGGUUCCUCUUAAAUAUGCGAUUCGAACCUGCAACCUGAUCGGGUUGAUGGGCCUAAGAGGCAUUACUGUCGUUGAGUCUAGCGCUGACGAAGGCCUUGGUCGUGGAUGCUUAAGUAAUGAUGGGAAUAAUAAGACCCAAUUUGAGGUCUUUUUUCCAUCCACAUGCCCUUACCUGCUUUCUGUCGGUGGUACACAGGAAACGGAUCCAGAAAUUGCAUGGACAGCUGGGUCUGGUGGCUUUAGUAAUUACUUUCCCCGUCCGUGGUACCAGGAGGAUGUGAUAACCACCUAUCUUGGCUACGUCGAUCCAGAUACCAAGAGCUAUUACACCAAUUUCACGAAUUUUGAAGGUCGUGGUUUUCCCGAUGUGGCUGCUCAUAGUCUUGGCCCUGGGUACGGGGUUUUCUAUAAAGGCAAUUUGGUUAAUGCUGGUGGAAACUCUGCGGCUGCUCCAGUUUGGGCCGCAAUCAUUGCGCUGUUAAAUGAUGCUCGCUUGUCAGCUGGAAAGCCUGCUCUCGGGUUUUUGAACCCCUUGCUUUAUCAUUUGGGAUCUACAAACUUGAAUGAUAUCACUGCAGGAGGGUCUGUCGGUUGUUCUGGAAUUCAUAGCAAGAAUAGCACAGACCCUAGUAAAAGGGGGUUUAUACCUUGGGCUAGCUGGAAUGCAACAGUUGGAUGGGACCCGGUGACAGGAUUAGGUACUCCGAACUUUAGCAAGUUAAAGGAGACUGUUCUUUAUUUUUAG